AUGCCCGAGAAAAGCGGUGCUGGCGGCUGGCGCAAGAGGAUACAUGCUCGACCCGGCGCUGCAAAGUUGAAUCCCGAAGACCACGUCUCAGCCGAGGCAGAUACAGAAAGCCUUCGGCCACCGUCAGAGCGGUCAAGCUGGAGGAGCACCUUCCACAGCCGUCCAGCAACACCCAGCAGAACACCGACGCCGACCGUCUUCCAGGUCGACACAGAUGUUUUCCGCCGCGAGAUCACCUCGGAUGCGCCUAGCCCGCGCAAAGCAACGAAGCCCAAGUUAGCACGGUAUCUUUCAGGCUACCUGUCAAUCAAAGAUGCAUCAAAAGAGCCCGAUACAUUUUCGGAGCCAUGGGUUGAAUUACCACCAACGUUUACAGAAUACGUAGAUCCCUUGGUCUCUCUUCAGUCCGUGUUUUCGCAUAUGACAAGCAAUCCGUCUCAGCCAAUACCACUUCACUACAACAGCGGUAUCUUCCGUAUCUUUGAGGACUAUCGCAAGAUUAGGGAAGAGAGUAAACGUCUGGACAAUCUUUUACACGAGACCUUUGAGGGAUACCGAGCGGCGGAGAGGUUCUACGACAAAGCAGAGGCUGAAUAUCAAGCGGAGAUUCGUCGACUAGAGCUUCUCAUUGCUCGUGGUACAUCAGGCAUGGCUGGGUGA